GUCUCCUGUUUCCUGCCUGUAGUUGGGUCCUGUACAGCAGCCCGUGCGAGGCUGUCCUGGAGACCCCGCGUUGCCUGCACCGCUAUCGUCUCGGGUGAGUUUGUUACAAAUGUUGAGAUUUCUCUAUUUAUCCACAUAACUGUUAAAAAGCUGCAUUUUUCACGCGCUGCAGCGAAGCCGCAAACUGCACAGCUAUAGCAACCGAAACGCCACAUUGCUGCAUGGCCCAGCUCACAUAGUCAUUUUCCACCGAAUUCCCAAGCAUACCCCCCUUCAUCCAAGAGUAUUCCAACAUUUACUCAUAUUUUGCUUGCAAGGAGAGAUAGAUAGCUCGCUACGCAAUUGCCGUUACACUUCUAAGCAAACAGUACUGUCAUGUUGAGGUUGAAUCGAGGUGCUGCUGUGCAAUAUGAGUGUUACAUUUGUGUCACUCUGUGGUUUGUUUUGAAUGUCAAAGGCUCAAGCUAGCUGUGCGUCUGAAUAUUGUUGAUAGCUGGGUUGGCUUAGCAGGCUAGCUAGCUAGGCUAACGAAAUUCAAUCCAGAUGCAUCAAAAUGCUGGAAAUUGACGUAAAACGGGGUUUUGAAAUUCAACGUUUUAUUAAAUUAGAGUCUUAAGCCACUUGUGUUGCUGUUUGAUAUUGUGUAAUACAAAGAAUCGGCAAAAUAUGCAUGCAAAAGCUCUCCGAAAACAGCAGCUAGCAUGUAGCAAGCCGCUUGCAGUCUCCAUUCAUAUCCUGCGCACUGGCUGCUCAGACCAAGUAAUGGCUACGGUACUGUGCCUUUUUAGAGCGGCAACUGGGGAUGCGUUCCCCUCACAACCGUGGGCAUAUGUGUGUUAGGAAACAUCGUUGACUUGUUGUUUUGGUGUCCAAAUCUGGAAAGAUUAAGAGCCCGCACUCUUUAAUCUUUCCAGGUUGUGUGAAAACCGCGCGUUUUCAGUUUGUUGUCUUUUUGCCGUCCGCUGUUUCUCAGUGAGUAGCAAACAAAACUGCUGCUUGAGCUCAUAAUAGGUUUGUGUGGACGGAUUUGUUAUUGAGUGUGUGUGUGUGAAAAAAUGACAUGAUACAACUGAUGAUGACGAUGGGGUUAUGUGUUAAAAUGUAAACUAAUUUCUUUAUUUAAGUGUAGUUGCCCCCAAGCUGCAGAGACGUCUGACAGCUCUACUGAUGUCAUGUUUUGAGUCAUUACUCGUAAUUUGAAUGUGACAAAACAGGCCUUGCGAGAUAAACUAUUCACAUUUGGCAUUGAUUUUUGUAAUCACAAAAAAUAUAUACAUAUAAAAAAAUUUUUUAUUGCAAGGGAGAUUGUUGUGCAGUAGUUGUAGUUGAAAGUGGGAAAGAGUGCAAAAUAAACGAUAAAGAAAAUCAAGAAUGUAAACAUGUAGAUUAGUCAAAAGAACUACAGGUUUCUAUAUUUAGUCUUUGGGGGAAUUUGUAAGAACGAUGAGUAAAUAGAGUAAUUAAUUCCUACCGAUACAAAGCCGAAGCUGGUUUAAGGUCUCACGUUGCAUUUAACCAACAUGUACCCCUAUACUACCUUAUAUAUUAUAAGAGGAAUUAAGAAGCUUAAAUAAAAGUUAUUUGAAAUUAUAUUUAGUCGUCUUGUUGUAAUUCUAGUGUAGUCUGUGUAGUACAGCAUCAACAUAGCAACAUACAUGUGUGAUAAUGAUAUUCUGCAGAACUUUGCUGAAAUAAUCCAAUAAAUGCCAUUUUAAUGUUUUUACUCUGAAAUGAUUGUUGAUAAUAAACAACCACAUGACAUUGCUCCUUCUCACACUGAGGAGCAUUUGAAGAAGUUCAACACAAUACAUCAGCACUCAUGUCCCACUAAACAACUAAAGCACCAAAUAUGGAGCUAGAAUAUCAAACACAAUAUGGGGAAGUUAUAAUAACAAUAUAAAAGAAAUGUAACUGAACUUAUGGUUGGACAUAUUAUUAAUUAGGGGUAAGGGUCAUUUUUGUGUUUUUUUUUUAAAUUUUUGUUCUUGAUAAUGAAACCAAUCAAUGGACUUAAAACCUGUUUCGUCUUUAACAGUUGUCAUGGAUGAUGAAGAUGGCAGGUGCCUUCUAGAUGUAAUUUGUGACCCAGAAGCUCUCAAUGACUUUCUUCAUGGAUCUGAGACCCAUUUGGACACUGACGACCUAUUGGAUGGUUCGAGUGACCCCUCAAGCUCGUUCUUCUCUACUACUGGGGGCCAUGUUCCAGAGGUCCAACCUGCAGUCCAGCUGUCGGCCAAUGAGCCGGCAGGCCUACCCAGAGUCAGUGUUGACCUGGACUUCCUGGAGGAUGAUGACAUCUUGGGAGGAUCCCCGGGUGGUGAUGGUGGGAGCAAUGGGAUUGGGACAAAUCACGAGCCAUGUGACAUCCUGCAGCAGAGUUUGGCUGAAGCCAACAUCACAGAGCAGAGCUUACAGGAGGCAGAGGCUGAGCUGGACCUGGGCUCCUUUGGAAUUCCAGGCCUUACGCAGGUGGUACAGACGCUGCCUGAUGUCAGCCUCUCUGGUGCUGGAGGCACUGCGGUUGGUGUAGGCAUUGGUGUUGGGGGAGCAGCAGCAAUUUUCCCUGGGUCAGCCCCGAGCGCCACGGCUACUCUUCCCAAUGCCACAGCUGACAUGUUGGGGUCCGUGCUUGCUCAGCAGGGCCUUCAACUCCAACCCCAGGUCAUGAACAAGGCCAUUAGUGUUCAGCCAUUUAUGCAGCCUAUGGGCCUGGGAAAUGUGACGCUUCAACCCAUUUCAAGUCUCCAAGCUCUUCCUAAUGGGAGUCAGUCUGGACAUCUGGGUAUCGGACAGAUUCAGGUUGUGGGUCAGCCUACAGUCAUGACUAUCAAUCAGUCUGGGCAGCCAAUCCUGGCUAAAGCCAUGGGUGGUUACCAGUUACACCAGUCUGGGCCAGAGGUGUCAGGUGCUGGUUCUCAGGUGGGGCUUGGAGGCUCAGGGGGUGGACUUCUGAUCCAAGGUAACAAAGCCACUUUGGGAUCUCCAGCUUUAAAUGGACCGUCUGUUUGUGUCAGCAGCACAAACAGCAGCAGUGGCGGUACAAUGACUUCUGCUGGGCUUCUUGGCUUUGGCAGCACCACUUUAAGUUCAGGAAUUGGACCCCAGAUGCAAACUCAAGGCCAAAUCAUGCAGAACGUGAUCAUCCAGCGCACACCAACACCCAUUCAGCCUAAACCCCCUCAGGGGGGAGCCAUCCAACCGAAACUCUUCAAACAGCAGCAGCAGCACCCACAGACAGCACCCCAACCCUUGCAAAACGAUGCCCACAAGGCUCUAGGGCUGCAACAAAUUCCAGUUUCUGCUGCUCAGAAUGUAGCCUUCCUGACAGGAAAGCCGGGCUCAAACGUUGUCCUGAGUACUCAAGCCACAACACAAGGCACACAGUUUCAGCAAACGCUAUUCAAGCAACAAGCAUCACAACCAUCUGGCAAGCCCCUCAGUGUACACUUGUUAAAUCAACAAGGCAGCAUCGUUAUUCCCUCUCAGACAGUUCUGCAAGGUCAGAAUCACCAGUUCCUCCUGCCACAGCUACAAGCAGGUGGGCAGAUCCUGACCCAGCACCCUGGGGGGCACAUCAUAACUAGUCAGGGACCUGGUGGACAGCUCAUCGCAAACCAGAUCAACUUGGGUCAGAUGUUGACUUCACAGGGCCACCCUGGGGCUGCCCACAUCCUAUCUGGAUCCAUUCAGCUCCAACCUGGCCAGAUGGGCACACCCACCCUCUUUCAGAUGCCUGUCUCAUUGGCUCAGAGUCAAAGCCAGACACAGACCCACACUGUCUCGGGUCAUGCCCAGACAGUCAUACAGGGCAUGCCGAUCCAGAACUCCCUGACCAUGCUUAGUCAGGUGGAGGGGCUGAGCCCUGCAGUCAGCCUUCAGCCAGCCCUGCACCCCCAACUAGGUGGUGUCCCCAGCAGCAGCAGCAGCACAGGAGCAGCAACCAUGGCUCAAGGCCAGCCCGGAGAGUGUGUUACUGUGCUGGGUAGCUCCACAGACCAGGCUGCUCAUCCCACUCAGCAGCAGGCAACGCAAUCCUCUAUCCUCGCCAUGCAACCCGGUUCCUCUGUGUCCACUGUUACCACAGUCCCCUCUUCUUCUCCGUCCAUGUCUGUGUCCACCUCUUCCUCUGUCACAGCAGUGGGGCUGGUCCCCCAUCAGGCUCAGCACAGUCCAGGGAGGUUACUGUUCACCAACCAGGGCUCCAGUAUGAUCCUGAGCCAGGAGUCUCUGCAGAUGUUCUUGCAACAGGAGCAGCACCACCAAUCAGAGAACGAGUCAACCCCCUCUGUGGGCGUACCAGCGUCUGUAAUCGUCAGCAGCAACAGCGUCACUGCUCCGGCCCCCGCUGUCCAUGACAGCCAAUUAACUGACUCAUGGGUGGGUCAGAGACACAGCCCUUCCCCUGGCCCCUCCCACAUGACAGCUGUGGUAAAGCAGGUACCCUCCAGUGGACACCAGACGUCCCUGAAGAUCCAGGGCAUGUCGCCGGUGUUGUCCGCUCACGGCACAGCGCUCCCGGUGGCAGACAGCCCCCAGCCUGCCCAGUCUCCUCUCACCCUGAGCCAGCAGAUCCAGUCACCGCACCAUCAACAGCAGUCGCGUCCUCCCUCCCAGCCUCAGCCACAGUCUCUAACUCCCUCCCGCUCAUGCACGCCCUCGAAUCACCCUCAGCUCUUUAUUGUACAUAACCAAAUGGCGGAGUCCCCCCAACCUGCUCAACAAGGCCAGCCGCAGCAGACACACAUUCAAGUUCAGCUUCAGCCUCAGCCACGACCGGCCUCACAGCCUGCCCCUUAUCAACAAGAUAUGCCUCCCAUGUCACAGUCACCCAAGCCUCCUCCUACACCACCUGCACAGCACCAGUUUAGUGCUGCUCCUGUCAGCGCUUCUGCCACUGCUGUAGUUAAAGCCCAGGUUCCCAUCCAGGUCCUGACAGCAGAGCAGCAACACCACCUGCAAUUAAUAGGAGCGCAAAUUCAGACCCUGUCAGCCAUCACCCAGCCCUCGCCUCAGCAGAAACAGCUGCUGGAGAAGCUACACCAGGUUCAGCAGAACAUCCUGCUGCAGGCCAAGCAGUCUGCUCAGCCUCAGGUCAGCAGUCAGUUCAGCUCCCAGCAAGACAUGCCUGUUGAGAAAGUGGUGCUUACAUCAUCAACCAACACCGGCACACCUGCUCAGCUUCUCUCAGUGCUGCAGCCGACGCCGCUGCUCGUCCAAAGUCCUGCUACAGCAUCAAGUGACUUACAGGUAUUCUCAGGAGCCCAAGGGCCAGCUGGAGCAAUGGUGAAUCAGACUGUCACUCCUGCUAGCCUUACCCAGCCUGUACAGGUUCAGCCAAAGCCAGGGGUGAUCAGCUCAGUGGGAGGGAUAACUCUGGGGAAUAGUGGGAUGCAGAUACAGGUGAUAGGCGCUAGUCUUACUCAAAUGCCUGCUCCACAGCCCCCAGCUCCAGUACAAACUCAGACAACAACGAUGAUGCCUUUCAGUGCAGAGCCCAGCAAAGAGGCCAGGAUGCUAGAACAGCUGAGGAAACAGCAGGGUUCAGUGCUUCACCCGAACUACAGUGCUCCUUUCUACUCUGUUGAGGACACACUGCACAGACUGCUGCCUUACCAUCUCUACCAGGGAACUGCCAACUCUUCUGAAGACUAUCAAAGAGUGGAUGAUGAAUUUGAGACUGUUUCCUGCCAACUGCUGAAAAGGACCCAGGCCAUGCUGGAUAAGUAUCGCCACCUGCUCUUUGCAGAGUCAAAAGUGUUUAAACCUGAGCAGAGACUUGGCCCCUCGGCAGAGAUGGUGAUGAUAGACCGGAUGUUCAUUCAGGAGGAAAAGAUUGCGUUGAGUCAGGACAGGAUUUUGGCCAAGGAGAGACCAGAGGAGUUUGUGGCAAACGCUCGCAUGUUGGAGAGUGUAGUUUCAUCCCAACAUAAAUCCUCGUCUGCUGAGUCCACAUCGUUGAGUGGAGGUGUACCUGCUGCUGUCCCUGCUCCACCACCUGCAGCUCCUGCCCCAGCCCCUCUCCCAAACAUUGCCCCAAAUCCCCCUCCUGCACCCACCCCAUCUCCAGUUCCUGUUCCAGUUCCUGCCCCAGCUCCAGCACCUCCUUCCGCCAACCCUUUCCCCUCUACCAAACUAGUAAUAAAGCAGGGUGGGGGUGGAGCCUCUGUGUCCUGGUCCAGCAGCUGUCCUCCAGCUGCAGCGAGCAGGCUGUCCGUACCCACCAGCCAGAGCUCCUCCUUCAGUCGCGCUCCAGCAGCAUCGUCUUCUUUCUCCUCUUCGUCCUUCAACUCUCCGGCGGCCGACGAUGACGACGCUCUCCCACAAAGAACCAGCAAACCGCCGAUGAAGACCUACGAGGCUCGAAGGAGAAUUGGCUUGAAGCUGAAGAUCAAGCAGGAUCAAACGGGGUUCAGUAAGGUGGUCCACAACACUGCCUUAGACCCAGUGCACACACCACAACCUCAGCAGAGCAGCAAGUCCACAUCCCAGCCCCAGACUCAGCCCCAGUUUGAAGCUGCUGUACCGCAGCCAAAGUCCACACCUCUAUCAACCCCUCCUGCUACAGUCAUCAGAACUCAGUCCCCUGUGUGCACUGCUUCUUCUGCCUCAUCGGUCACCACAACAACCACUCAGUGUAACCCACCACUGAGAGGUAAUGUUCCCCCCACUGCAGCCCCAUCUUCCUCUACCUCUUCCUCUCACACGUGGUCAUUGUCCACCUCCUCCUCCUCCUCCUCCUCCUCCACUCAAAUGAAUGGGACAUUGGAUCACGACAACGUGGGUCGGGUCAAACACAAUUCUGCCUCCACUGCCACUCCCUCACAGACAACAUGCCGUCUCCCCCUUCGAAAAACCUACCGGGAAAACAUAAGUCCCCGCGUGAGACCUGGUGUCCCAGGGGGAGGAGACGAAAGUUUGUCCUACCCCAGACCCACACCGUCACCCCCCAGGCACGAGGCCUCCCCCUCUCCCCCCUCAGAGCGGACAGUUAUAGCCAGCGUGAAGGUGGAGAAACGAGGCAGGGAGGCCUCACACACUCACGCAGAGUCAAGCCCCGAAACGGGCCGAUUAGGGAGUGCAAUGCAGGGGCUGGACGAAAUGGACGAGGUGUUUAAUCGUGGUAUCAAAACGGCACAACACCAUCAUCUCCCACAGCUCCUAGACAGGGAGGGGGCAAAGGAGAGAGGAGAGGAGCGCACAGACCCAGAAACGGAUGUAAGUAAAUACAAGAGGGCGAGUGGGAAAAACAGACAUAGGGCAGGUGGGAAAUUCCGAAUGGACCAGCAUGCCCCUGGGCCUCCCUCUCCGGAGUCCUCCUUCACACGAGACUCUUUGCUUCCUGCAAAACGCUGCAAGUCGGACUCUCCCGACAUGGAUAACGCCAGCUUCUCCAGCGGCAGCCCUCCGGAUGACUCUCUGAACGAACACCUGCAGUGUGCCAUCGACAGCAUCCUGAACCUGCAGCAGGAGCCCUCUGCCCGUGGGCACCACGUCAAAGGGAGCAACAGCAGGUCCCACCAAAGCCAGCGCCCAGGGGGCUCGGCAGCCUCAUCCCACAGACCCUCAGUACCACCCUCCUCCUCGGCUUCCUCGUCCUCCUCCUUGGCCCAGCACCCUCAGGUCGGGGGCCGUGGCCACAAUGGCAGCCUGGUUCCCCAGACUCAAAGCAGAUAACAGCCCCUCAGCCCCAGGCCAGACUGACAAAGGGGGGAACUAAGAGACAGAUAUGGAGGCAGGGGACGGGGGGCUUUGUGAAAACAGUAUCACUGUACUACUCUGCCAAGCUGUGUUGGCUUUGCUUGUCUAUUUGAAUUGUCCAGACAUAUCUUUGUCAUUUACAGCUUGAGGUAGACCUGUGGUGGAAUAAGUGAGAGUGUGGUCAAAGGUAAAACUGUCUUUGUGAAUUGCAGACGUUAAGAUGUCUGGCGUUUUGUACGUGUUCCCUCAGCCAAGCUCAAGUUAUAAGGGAGGGAUUUCUUUCUUCCUUUUCCGCUAUUGAUCUUUUCUUCUCAUUUGGUAUUCAUACAUUCCUUUCCUGUGGCCUGAGUCUCUUAACCACGUUGGUUCUUUUGCUGGUUUACACUCAAUGUCUCAAUGAGCAUCAGGCCGCUCAUUUAAACAGUUAAGUUGCCAACAACUUGUUUUUCAUACAGAGGAGAAUACAACCAGGUUUAUACAGCAAAACGUCAUAAUACCUAUUGUGUCUUCCCUUACCAAUCAAAUUUCAUUCUCUUAUCACAAAGAUAAAGCUGCCAUGCAAACAGCUCAUGCUAAAUUGACACGCACCACCUCUUUAUCUAGAAUACUUGUCCGUAGUUACACUGCUCAGACGGCAACUACUCUUUGUCUGCAAAAAAUCAGUUGGCCUCAGCCUCCCUUGAGUCUGCAUUUUGCAUCGCAUGCAUUUGAAGCUGUUGACAUGUUGAGGACAUCCUUUUGAAGAAUGCUGAGGUUGUUUUCCUUUUGACUUUUCUUGGGUACUCUAGUUCUGUACUGUCAAGAUGUAAAUGAAAUCUGGUUCUUUUCUGCAUCUAAUGUGAUAUGAUUUUCCAGGUUUUUGUUUUUCGACCACACCCACACAAACACACUCACACACACACACCUGCUCUCCUGUUGCCUGCGAUGCCAGGUUAGGAGUUUAUGCAUUUCAGUCAGCAGGGGCCAGGCCAGUUUGAACUGUUACUGUUGUUCUCUAUCAGUUCCUUUCAUCUUUCGGCUACGGUAUCUGCCUCCCAUCUGUUUCCUUUCUUGUGUCUUUUUUUUAAGCCUGGUGGACAAUUCAAACACAAACACAGCACAAGCAUUGAAAUGGAAAAAAAGGAACAAUAAUAAUGUACAAAAAGACAGUAAGAGAAUUUGAAGUAUAGUAUUACAGAUUAAUUUUGUAUUGUAUUUAUUGUGUAUAAUGACACUUUUUAAAAAGAAAUGUACAUUUAGUAAAACUGUAAAUUAAACCGUGCUUCUUUUAUGAAACAUUGCAGGGUCCUUUAGUCAUUUGUCCAGCUUCAGGGCGCAUUCUUUUGGAUGACUGAUGAUUGAGGAAAACCGAGUGGUGCUGGUGGUGCUGGGGUGUGUUUUCUAUCAGACAGCCAGCAGGCGGUGUAUGGAAAUGGAAAAGUAGAGCUGGUUUGUGUGCUUCAUCGCCUGGAGGAUUCACAGAGUUUGGGAGGAGCAAGAGAGUUUAGACUGAUGAGGGGAAAACUGUAACAUCUGUACACGCAUGACAUUUUACAGUAGGUUAAGAAGAAAAAAAGCAAGCUGUUGAAAAACAUGGAGGACUUAGAGGCUACAGUUGGAAGGGUGCGGCACGAGAAUGUUUAUCAUUCAAAAUAUGCAUAAGGACACUGACGU